AUGCCUGACAUGCAGACCUUCUACCAGCCCCGCCGCACUAUCCAUCACCCCGCAGGUCUCUUCCUGGACCCCACUCUGAUACAGAGGCGUGUCCUGGAAGAUCAAGUGGAGCUGUGGUGGUUCAGAGAGCCCCGCCGCUCCCUGUUGUGCUACUGUGCCUCUGUGGCCCUCAUACUGGGGCUCGGCCUCAGCGGCGUGGGCCUCCUCUUCACCACCACCAGCCUGUCCGGGGAGUGGCGCCUCGGAGUGGGCACUACCCUCUGUCUCUUGGCCCUGGCUGUUCUGCUCAAGCAGCUUCUCAGCUCCGCCAUCCAGGACAUGAACUGUGUGCACAGCUGGCGUAGGAUCGACCAGCUGAAGAGCGGCGGCAGGGCUGACCCGGCGCUGAUGUUAGCUGUGGGGCUGGCACUGAUGCUCUGUGGGACGGUGCUUCUCUGCGUGGCCACGAUCGGCAGCCAAGGUCGUGACGGCAAGGAGAUGCUGGUGUCUAGCCUGGUGCUGAUGGCUGCUGGGGCAGGCAUGUCUCUAGCUGUGGUGGGAUACGGCGUGAUCAUCUACCUCAAAAGAAGAAGGGACCAGAGGAGGAGGAGGAUGCUGAGAAUGAGCAGAGCGAGGAGGCUGGGGGGUCGACCUGUCAGGGUGUUCAGUGUCUCAGGAGGACAGACGAAUCAGGCCAGGAGAGAGACGUCCUCCAGCUGGACCAGCCUGAUCUGA